AUCUACCUUCAGGCCCAGCAUGUGACCCUGCCCCAGGAUAUCACCGACUUCCUUUUUUUUUUUGUGCAUUCCUGGGCGGACUGGGUCGCCAACCACCAUAUACUUGAAGAGGAACUGAUGUUUCCUGGAUUUGAACGAGUCAUGGGUAACUCCAUGUCCUUGGAACGCAAUAUGGAGCAACAUCAUAUUUUCCAGCCCGUGCUACAAGAAAUCCUGGCUUACAGUGCUGAGACCCGGCCAGUGGACUACCAGGUGGCUGUCUUACAGCAUCUGAUUGAGGCUAUGGCCCCAAGUUUCCAUCAGCAUCUCAGACAGGAAAUUAUGAAUCUCGUCGCGAUGGAGACCUUUAAUGGGCCUGCUCUGCUGAAGGUCUACAAAUCCUGUGAGGCUGAGGCAGGUAAACAGAACAAGUAUGUGGUGCCGCCAAUGGUCCUUGGCCUCCGCGACGUCACGUUCGAGGGGGGUAAGUUUGGAAACAUUUCGGAUCUUGGCGCUUUCUUCCAUGCGACUUUUGGGGAAAGCCUCAUCCAUUAGCCUAUGCGAUGAUCUCCUAGCAAGGUGGCAGGAUUAUGGAUAACUGUUAGACUAGCAUUUCGCCGAGUGGAUUGGAAUUGAGUGCAAGCGGGUUGACCUUGCUAUCUAUCCAAUCACUGGUGAGAGCUAAAUGCUGUGCAAUGGUGGGUGUGGGAUUUAAGGAAGAGCUCUGCUGGCAGAGCGUCCGGAAAGCACGGUGGUAGUGGGUGCCAGUCAGGCAAGCUUUGCUCAAUCAUUUCUUUAGAGUGAACCAUCUUUGAUUUCAAAACUUGUGCCCGGGGAAGUCUGAUUGGAAACAUGAGGCGCA